AUGUUGCUCAAACCCGCAACCCCAUUAACUAUCCUCCUUCUCAUCGCCUUUGUCCUUCUUCUCCUCUCCGUGCUAUCUACUCCUAUCGUCAAGAAUAUCCCACUAGCGACUUUUGACAAUGUCGAGUAUGGUGUCUUCGGUUACUGCAAAGCUGGCACUUGCACCGCAAUCCAUAUCGGCUACACCACAGAGGAAAUCGAAAACACCGGAAGCACCGACAGUGACUUCAAUCUCCCCUCCGACGCGCGGAGGUCACUAUCCUCCAUCCUUAUCGUUCACCCGAUCGCUGCUUUCCUCACCUUGAUAUGUCUCUGUCUCGCUGCUGCGGCCCAUCUUCAUGCUCCUUCGCAUUCACCGCGCUAUUUACUCGCCUUGUUGAUAUUGCUUCUCCCGACUCUUCUCGUCUCGUUGCUUGCUUUCUUGGUUGAUAUACUGCUCUUUGUGCCACAUUUAUCAUGGGGUGGAUGGAUAGUUCUCGCCGCAACCAUCAUUCUGGUUACUUGCGGUGUCGUAACCUGUGCCAUGCGCCGGACGCUAGUCAGUCGCAAGGCGCGAAAGAGGCGUAUCGCAGAGAAUGCCGAGAUGAGUGGGCAAAACUAUUAUAACCGUCAAAAUGCCGCUACUGCCGCGUUGAACGAGACCAAACCGAUCGCACCUGAAACUAAGGAAACAUUCGUCAGUGCGACUCAAAGCUCAGAAUCUGGACCUACUUUCGCCACGUUUCGCACAACCACACACUCGAGUGACGAUGACCGUGCACCUUUGACUAAUCAAAACGACCCGGCCGGACAGGAGGGUGGUUACCAGUCGCGGAUUCCCGGUGAUCCGGUGCCUUAUAACGCCCCCCGGGAUGAAUAUGGCAACCCACUACCACCAGCGCCGUAUAACUCUGCACCGAGAAUGCGUACGCCUGGACCUCCUGGGCCACAACCUCCAGACUCUAGAAUGCGCGACCAGUAUUCGGAACCGCGACGAGGCCCUCCUCCAGGAUUUGCUCCACGUGGUCGCGGCGGGUAUCCACCUCGCGGAGGAUAUGGUCGCGGUGGACCAUUCGGAGGCCCGUACGGACCCAAUUCUCGUACUCCCCCUCCUGGGCGGGGUGGUUAUAUGGGCCCAAUGCGUGGCGGGCCUUCAGGACCGAUGGCACGUGGGGGAUACCGGCCGCAGCCAGCAGCAGGCGGAUAUGGUGCCGGCGGACGCCCCAUGGGUGAAGAUGGAUACGGUUAUCGUGGACCUUCGCCGCGUCAGCAUACUCCUGGGCCGAUGGCGGCGCCAGCAGCCGAAGGGCCACCGGGUCAGGCUAUAGAAAUGAUGCCGCAGACGCGGUAUGAGCCGGAAGCCGAGGAUCAAGUGCCUGAACCGCAACAACUACAUGCCAUUUCAAUUGACAAUCAACACGAACCUGUUAGCCCCACGAGCUUUUACAGCCGGACACAAUCAUAUGUUCCCCCUCGCCGAAACUGGGGACAGCAAGCGUACCAGUCGAGUGAGCCGAACCUGCCAUAUCAGCAGAAUCAACCUAGUCAUCCGAGUCAGCCGCGCCAUGCCCGUUCUCAGUCAGGUAGUAUGUAUUACGAAGAUGAGGACCCGGUGUAUACGAGUCGGAACGAGCCGACAGUAGGUAACCAAGGGGUGCCCUCUGCCUUGACACCAGGACCAGGCAAUUCUGGUGAGCAAAAAAUGAAGGAAAAUGGGGUGGAACGUCCGGGCUCACCUGCUGCUAGCGAAGUAAGCCAUUUCACAUCAAUAUCCGAGCGUCCAAUCAACCCAAAGUGGCGUCCGCCGCCUAUGCCGGCACAAGCUGCUCAACAGAAGCGGGACGUCUUGCUCGAGAACAACCCCGACUUUGAUCUCCGCGCCGGUAUGGGCAUGGGAGGCCGCAUGCCACCACUGCCAGGCAAGAAUUCUACGAGAUACCCACUUCCUUGA